AUGGUGAUGAUGAGCUCAGUUCAAGAUUUCAAAUUGGUCAUGACUUUGAUCUUCAUCGGCAUUGCUACCUCGACAACCGUGAUAGUGCAAUUGGCAGAUGGAGGGGUGCACGAUGAUCAAUCGACACUGACUUUGGCCGUUGCUCCAGAUGGGAGCUGCACUUUCAUUGGGGUAGGGGAUGCAAUAGCCUUCGCGCUAAACAACAGCGAUGGUCGAACGAUCAUCCAAAUAAGAGCAGCCAUCUCGGGCCAAGGCUUUAUAGCCCAAGACAUCUGUUUCAAGAACACAUCAGGUGCAUCCAAGGGCCAGGCGGUAGCGCUGCGCGUCGAUGUCGGUUUCGUCGCAUUCUACCGUUGUGCCAUUGAAUCCAAGGGCCAGGCGGUAGCGCUGCGCGUCGAUGUCGGUUUCGUCGCAUUCUACCGUUGUGCCAUUGACGAAUAUCAAUACACUUUGUAUGCACGUCAUGCUCAGCAGUCCUAUCGAGAGUGCAACAUCUUAUGCACCGUAGACUUUAUCUUCGGUGAUGCCUCCGCCGUCUUCCAAAACUGCAUGAUCUACGCCAAAUUGCCAAUGCAAGGGCAAGACAAUGCUAUCACAGCCCAAGGCCGUGAAAGUGAAAGCGAGGCUACAUGCUUUUCGAUGCAAAACUAUUCCAUCCUGUAG